AUGUGUGACCAUAGCGAGUCAACUUACUCUAUUAAGACAGCUACGCAGUUGAGGCCCGAGCCAAAGGAUCCCGAAAAAUGCCAUAUUUACUAUGUGCACCAAAAUGGGGAAAUCCUUUGCGAGCCCGAUGUUCAGUUCAAACCUAGCAAGAAUCCUGCUCAACAGGUCACGAGUCUGAAAGAUCCGGACAAGAAGAAGGGCGAUAUAUUCUGCGGAGAGGAUCGUCUGACUUUAGUGCACCUUCCCGCGAACGACUUCAAAAGCAUUAUGGAUCUGGAUAUCCCGGAAGCAGACUCUCAAACGCCAAUCAAUUGGCCAGACCCGUCUUCAAUUCCAAUGCCUGAGUACUUCUGGGAUAAGCUCAAGAAUAUAUGCCCCUAUUGCAAAUGUAAAGGUGGCAUUUUAUGGCGGAAUCUUUAUCGAGCUGAACCACACUUUGAUGCAUGCUUCAGAUAUUUUGACGGCAAGCCAACGGCAAUCGCUGAUUCAGCCGACCUGGCCGGCCUAGCGGCGCCUACAGAGAAGAUGUCACAACAAAGAUGCUUCUUGAAGCUUUACACUCUCAGGGUUCCAUUUCUUGCCUGUCCACCAGUUGCGUUGUCCUUGGUUCAUCAUGUCAGAGCCGAAGGCAAAAAAUUCGUUCCCGCCCGAGAAGGGAACGUCAACCAGGAACAUAUAUUUGGAUUCAUCGCCGGUUUCACCAGCUUAGACAUGGGACGAAUACUCACGGAACUUUUUACAAGGUGGCAGGACAUCACUGGAGACCAUUUGGUGAAAGCUACUGCAGGAAUGACCCCUCGAUUAUUCAUGGCAACAGUUCUCUCCCAAUACGGUUCAGUUGUUGCCCAAGAAGUCAUUAUAUCAGGAAGAACCUUAGUUCGGUGCGACAUGAAGCUUCAAGCUGCUCUGGCAAAAUUGAGAGAUGCAGAACCCGGCUCCUCAGACGAUGUCACAGCCGAAAUUGGGCAAAUGAACGAAACUCUGAUCAAUAUGAAUAUCAAACUGACUGGUACCCGUUCUACAAUGCAUUAUCUUGCUGAAAGCGCGCACACACUGAUCAGCGGGGUUACAACUUUUGAGCAGUAUAUUCACGCACGGUUGUCAGAAUGGAGAGAGAACGCCGACUCCCAGGAUUUGAUGAAAGCUCUGCAUGAUAUGGACAGCUGUAAAGAGUCAAUACGAGACAACGACAAGCUAGAGCUCGUCCGCAACCUCAUUGCUGAGCGAGAUAAGGUCAUUCAGAACGUUAUUGCUGGAAAUACAUCUAGAGAUGGAUUCGUAAUGAAGAUUAUUGCUGUACUAACUGCGUUCUUCCUUCCGGGAACUUUCAUGGCAAUUUUCUUGACGGGUCCAAUGUUCGACUUCAAGAAUACCGAAAGCGUUGUCGUUGAUUUUCCAACUAAGCUUUACUGGUCAAUUGCCGGGACUAUCACUGUUCUUCUCUUGAUCGGUCAACUUUUCCUCACCUUCCCAGAAUGGACCACCAAUACUAUUGAUUUCAUGGGUUGGAACAGGCUCAAAAAUACGAGGCUGUAUACUGAGGCAAUGAAGAGGGAGGGCGAGAAACAGAAAUCCAUAAUGGAAAAGAAUAGUGUAGUGAGAAGGGGAACGGGUAAAAGUGGCCUUUCAGGGAAAACCCAGAAUAGCGAACAGAGGCCCGGUAAGGAACCGGCAAAUGGGAUGAAUGGACCGAGAAUAGAGAACGGAGUACAACAGAAAGGACAGUGGCAGAAUGCCUCUUCGCUUUUCGGAAGGAGAAGUCAGCCGACUCACCAGGUAGAGAAAGGUGAACAUGCGGUCUAG